AGGAACAAGUUGGUUGAGUGAAAGCGAUUAGGAUGCGCAAGAGAAGACCAACCAACGAAAACGGAUGAGGCUGCCAUGCCACGUUUUACUAAUAAUUAAUAGUGACCAAAGGGUGUGCGUGAUAUGGCCAUGUCAUAAGAUUAUUGUUCGGAUGAGAUAUCGGAGCGAGCAAGUCUAAGAUGAAUCGUAGCGAAUCGGAGUGGGCCUUUCAGCAGUUCCUACAGGAAGCUGCUGCUUCUUCUUCCUCUAAUUCUGAUCAUCAUCAUCUUAAAUUCAAAAACGAAUUCAACAUCAACAUCCCUGUUACUACUACUUCUAUUCAAAAUAUUAAUGUUGAUUCCCAAGACUACCAUGCUAUUCUUAAGACCAAGCUUAAUCUCGCAUGCGCUGCUGUUGCUAUGACUCGGGGAUCUUUGGUCAAAUCUCAAAACCCUGCCACUUUCUCUGACAGUGGACCACAGGCAUCUAAUUCUUCUGAAGAUGGAUUGCAGGCUACCUUAAAAGGAUCUGGCCCUUCUGGAAAUGAUCCCUCUAAAUUACAAAAUAAAGAUGUCAAAGCACAAAUUGGGAUUCCUUCCUCAUCUUCCAUGCAAAACAAACCUGCUGUCGCAAUGAGGCCAACGAUAAGUGGAUCAUCAGGAGAACAAUCAGAUGAUGAGGAAGUGGAGGGAGAGAUUAAUAUGACUGAAAACAUGACUCCUGUUGAUGCAAAACGAGUAAGGAGGAUGCUUUCUAAUAGGGAGUCAGCCAGACGCUCAAGAAGGAGAAAGCAGGCUCAUUUAACUGAGCUGGAGACACAGGUCUCCCAAUUACGAAGUGAAAAUUCUUCGUUGUUAAAGCGAUUCACGGAUGUGAGCCAGAAAUACAAUAAUGCUGCAGUUGACAACAGAGUACUGAAAGCUGAUGUUGAAACAUUAAGAACAAAGGUGAAGAUGGCUGAAGAGACAGUGAAAAGAAUUACUGGGUUGAACCCAAUGCUUCAUGCCAUAACUGAGAUGUCAUCAAUGGCAAUGCCAUCGUUUGAUGAAAGUCCUUCUGAGACAUCAGCUGAUGCUGCUGUUUCUGUGCAAGAAGACCCAAAUCAUCACCGUUGUCAACCCACUUCUAAUAAUGGGUUGGGAGGCAUUUCUUCAAUUGAAACUGUGCAGCAGAAUGUUGCAGCAGUGGUAGGUGGCAACAAAACGGGGAGAACAACUUCCCUGCAUAGAGUGGCUAGCUUGGAACAUCUUCAGAAGAGGAUUCGUGGUGGUGCAGAUUCACGUGGACCUCCUUCUAAUGGAGAACAAUAACAUAGUAGUUAAAUUUACAUUAUGCUUUUUAUGAGGAAACUAUUCUAAAACUCUUGUUUCUGCUAGUUGUAAGUAAGAGCAAAUUCUUAUUGAUGUAUGUGAAUCUUAUUGAGCAUAUUCUGCUGGAUAAUCCUAUUUUUCUUUUUUUUUUUGUGUGUGUGGACUCCUCCAAAUCUUAAUUCAUGGCUGAUGGGGACAAAGGAGUGUAACUAGUGUUGGUAGAGGUCGCCUUAUCCAAAUUGGAUAUUGUUUGCUUAA